CAACAAAGARAAGGGGUUCCCGUUGCCUGAGGGCAGCUUCGGACAGCUUUUGAGCUGGCAUUCAAUACGCUCAAAUCCUGAUGAUCACAUGAGCCUUGUCGCCAUCAUGCUCUGGGACUUCCAGAACAGGGAGUUUCUGGCCCGGCGACGCCAAGGGAAGGAGGAGGUCAUUCAGGAAGUCCAAAACCAAGCUGGCAGCCUCUUUGGCCCGCUGCUGGACCAAACUCAACAUCUUAUUCAUUGCGAGUUUCCUGCCAGAGAGUGUGAGAAAGAAGCAGGAGAUGUCAGCCAGCCUGCCUCUUUGUGCAUGGGUCAACACCCUGKAGAGCAGGAUAAAUCUUGCAGUCUUGUCCCAAAUGCAGUCUGCUCCCUCUCAUGAGAGGAAGGAGACAUUCUUAUGGUGGGCUGCUUCUCUGGCCUCACUGUGUCCCACAUGGCCUCCCUCGUUACAGAGAAACACAAAGCCAUCAGCAGCAAGCAGCCGACGGGCUACGUUUGUGUCAGCGACUGCACGGAUGCUCAGAGGGAGGAGCUUCAGCACACGGUCUCCAUCAUGGGCUGCGACAGUAAACAUGGGAGUGUUGUGUCUGUGUUAGACACAAAGGAGCAAAUGAAAGGAACCAAAGCAGAGAAGUCCCUUUUGUCUUUUCAAUGAUGUCAUUAUUUGUAUUUUUUUUCCUUUAAGUUUUUUUAAAGACAUUUCUGGUACACUAAAUAUAAAGUGAAAUGACAGAUCUUUUGAUGAAAAKAGGCUAGCUGUUGACAGUAAAUUCCCAGGGAUACCUGUACGUGAAUCAUAUCAGUGUGCUCUAAAACCAGGUAUUCRGCGGAGAUCCAGUCUGUAUGAAUAUUAUUUGCUGAAAGUGGCUCCCACCUCUGCUAGUCUUUAGAAAGGCAAUUACAAGAAAAGGUCUGAGGUGAGAUUUUUAUAAUUGCAAGAAAAAUACCCCAAGGCAAGAAUUUUUGGAGUAAAGGAAGAGUGGAACACUGUAAGUAGAAUGAAAGCACAGAGGAGAAAGUGUCACUGAUCGUACUGCUUAUCUCGUCACUGUGUACGCUGCCCAGACGUGAAGCUGACACAGGAGGUCUUCCAGUCUUUGGAUGGGGGGUGAUAAGAGACUUCAAAAGGUGCGAGUUAUCCUGGUGAUCCCCAGGUGCUCUGUGUCGGCAGUCAGCAACCCCGUGGAUUUCAUGCUGCAGGAAAAGGGAGGCCCAGAGCUCCUACAGGACCUUUCACAUGGUUCCAUAGCCCAAAGCAAACUGGAGUCUCUGGCUGCGCAGCAUGGGAGAGACAUCGAUCACGCCUUGAAGUUGUAUUCCACCUGUUCGACGUACCCAGAGGAGAAUGUGAGCGUGGUAAACACAGCCCUGCUGAAAGCCAAAGCCUGCUCAGACCAGAAGGGGGAACCAAAACAGUUAAASUUCAGGCCAAGCCCAUCCCCGUUCCACUCAUGUGAGCGUGGGGAGGCCACAGCGGAAACAAAGUCAUUCUUUGUACUGGAGCCUUCAGAGCACAAUAAUGGCUGCUUUUUGGCUGUUCUUACCAGAGAGCCCCGUGGCCCCAAUUGCCCAUUCCUGUAGAUCACAACAGGAGUUCGCGAAGCCCGUGGUGCUCAUCCUGCCCACACCAGCACAGUCGAACAAGGUUCAAUCCCUGCUURAACAUGUGGAAGGACACCAGCUCAGUUUGUGUCCCACGAUCUCUCUAAGGACUAUGGAUAAAACUCUCCCUCUGUUUUAACCAUCUAAACACACCCUGCCACAGAAAACUUACAUUUAUGUCAAAUACUUAAAUAAAUUCAACUGUAUCUAUGUUCAUAUAAAGUGUCAUUGAACUGCUACAUCACAUAAAAUAGUCUCGUCUGCCAUCACCUUMUGUUUUAUUCGCCAUAAAAAGAAGAACAUUGUAACUGCCAGAAUAAAGUCAAAGUGCACAUKUUCAUGGAGUCGGAUCAGAGUCAUGUCACUCUACAGACACUGUGAAAACCUGGGACUCUUCUCACCAGUGAAGAGGCUUCUGCGUGGUCAUUUUCUUAAUGCAUUUAUUGUCACAACAGAUUACAUUUACAUAGUGAAGAGAUGAGUGACGAACAGAAAUGAAACGUUUCUUCAUGUUCUGUUAUUUUUUCCCCCCUUUGAUUAAACUGCGUUCACUGGGUUCACGCUGAGUGCAGGUGUUGGCCCCCAGCCAUGAGGGCGUCAUAAAAACUUUUGACAGAACUUUUGUUGUCGCUCUGUUUUUUUUUUCUUACUGCUAUCCGUGUAUGUGUGGGUUUGUAUGUGUAUUUUGAAAGUGAGUGCGAGUACACUGGAUGGAUUUUGUGAGGAUGAGAAAAUACCUGUAAUCCUCUGCGAAUGGUGCGUAUUAGAUCUUUUUUUUGUGCCACACAAGAAUGACGAAUACUUUUGUGAGCUGUUGUGUUAUUUUUUUUACCCUCAGCUCUUGUUGUGCCACAAGCGCUUCACAUCUACCAGAGACUUGGAUUUUCUUGCAAUCUUGGGUAUCUGCAUAAAAAUUCCUGAGGGAUUUGUCAAGUUUAAACAGAAGCGUUUCAACAUUCUUAUGCUUUUAAAGUUAGACUUUUUUUUCUAUAUUAUAAAAUAAGAUACAAUCUUAAGCCUCAGAAUCUAUUAAAAACACAUUUUUGCUGAUCAGAUAAUCCCUAAUUGAUUUUAAAAACCAUUUUUAAAACUGGGGGGCAGUAUUUUCUAGUUAGCCAUUUGAGAACGGGAUAAUCUUGUGCCAGUGUAAAUUCAGUCAUGGACAAGUGAAGAUGCAUCAUUGUGAAAUGCAUCUACUGUAUUUUUUUUUUCUGUUUACCAAUUUUCUCAUCAAGACACAACUUAUCAAUAAUCAUAUCUCCUCCAUCCCAACAAGAAAUCAUGCAAAAGCAACUUUUUGUCCUUUUUUUUUUAGUACCGAACCUCUGAUCUCUUCCGUUUCUUCUAUCUACAAAGUUUGUGCUAUUUUUUUCAUUCCUUUUUGCACACAACCGUAUGCACACACAUCAUUACAAUCACUUCAAAGAAGYCUUUUUUGUCUUCUUUUUUCCCUUUAAACAUCUGAUGCCAUUUGUUGAGCAGCUGCAGGCGGACCACAAGUCUUGUGUGCUCGGGCUCGGAUGAUAUUUGUCACUGGCUUGUAAAUUUUUCAUGAACACAAGAAGAAAAUGUCUUUUUUUUUGUCCUGGAAGGCUACUGUAAUUCAUCCAGUCCAGGA